AUGUCCUUCAUGGCUCGAGACAGUGCGGAGAGAUGGAGGGGCGACGACGAGGAUGGAUGGCGCACGGUAGUGGGGAGAUGGAGGGGCAGCGACGACAGUAAGGGAGGCAACGAGACAGGAGGAGAUGGAGAUGGAGUCAGGGAGGACUGGCACACGGCGGGGGGCGCGGCGGGGGGCAUGGCGGCCGAGGUCGCGGUGGGCGGGAGCGCCGGCCGGGGCGUAGCAGCUGCAGGCUCGUCGGGCGGCCACGGUGUGGUGGCGCGUCGGGCGCGGGCACGGCGUGGCGGCGGCGCGGCGGGCGCGGCUCCUCUCUCCAACCGGUUCAAACGGACCGAGGAGAUUAGUCUCGAGGUUGGACCUCACAAUUUUAUGGCCUUUGACUGCAACAAGGAAAGAGGAGUUUCUUCGCCUGAUAAUUGCUCUCGCGUUUGCACUGAGGGUACUCUUGUCCAGGCAAAUCCCUUAUCUCACUACUGGAAGCCUAAGGGUUUGAAGAGCCUCAACAAAUUGGAGAACCAGAAGUCCAGUCAUGGAUCUGUUCCGAGAGACUCUAGUCCAGAACAAGAAGCUGAAGCGAGCGAUGAGGCAUCUGCCUCAACCUGUGGCGUCAGGUGCUUCACCGAUCUGCCGGCUGCGUUGGUCUGCGAGGUCCUUGCACGCCUCGAUGCAAAGGAUCUUGGAAUUGUAUCUUGUGUCUCCACCCUCCUGCAUACCUUAGCCACAGAUCAUCAGGGAUGGAAGAAGUUAUACUGCGAAAGGUGGGGGCUUCCAGACCUUCCCGCCACCCUGAAUGGGCCCUUGUUGCCAGGUGCCCCCCUAGAUGGGAAGUCCUGGAAAACAUUUUUCGUGGAGCGGGAGUUUAGGAGUAAAUCCUUCAUGGGAAGAUUCAAUGUGGAUAUUCUUUGUGGCCACAAUGAGGAUGUACGUGCUGUGUUCCUUUUGGUAUCAGCAAACCUGAUAUUCACAGGCGGUCGCGAUUCUGUGGUUAGGAUGUGGAAAAUGGAGGAAGGGUUAUUGAUUGAUACAUCCCGUGCACUUGGUGGUACCAUCCGGGCAAUUGCAGCUGACUCUAGGCUUUUAGUGAGUGGAGGAACUAAUGCCUAUAUCCAGUGUUGGAGGGCUGUUGAAGGCAAUGAUCACUUAUUUCACAUCUCUGGAAGUGGUACUGACCAGAAUGCGGAGUUUCGCCUCUGGGGGCAUGAAGGUCCUGUGACUUGUCUUGCCUUGGAUUCACUGAGGAUUUAUAGUGGUUCUUGGGACAUGACUGUUCGUGUUUGGGACAGAGCCCAGAUGGAGUGUGUGCAAAAGUUCAUGCAUGCAGACUGGGUGUGGUCUCUUGCUCUGCGUGGAAAUACUGUUGCAAGUACUGCUGGUAGAGAUGCAUAUGUAUGGGAUAUCAGGAACGGCGAGUUCACAAGCUUAGUUUCCAAUGCCCAUGUUGGUAACGCAUAUUCAUUGGCUUGGACACACCUGGUGGAUGUGCUGUUUACUGGUGGAGAGGAUGGCGCUAUUCGCUUGUUCAAUGUUUCUGAUGUCUCUGAUGAUGAGGAGGACAUUAAACCAGUGGCAACUUGGGUGCCACAUUCAGGUCCUGUUCAUUCUCUUGCUUUUGAGUAUCCAUGGCUUGUGUCAGCCUCGAGUGAUGGCAGGAUUGCACUUAUUGAUUUGAGGAAGCUUCUGACCCCCAAAAGAUCAUCAAAGGGUCUGCGUGUUAAGAGCUUUGAUGCAAGCGCAAUAGAGCCUCCACAGAGGAUGCUUCAUGGCGUUGGAUGUGAUCUCUUCUCCAUCGCCAUUGGUGCAGAUAGGAUUGUAUGUGCGGGUGAGGAUGGUUCGGUUAGAGUCUGGAACUUCUCUGAAGCACUGGAGAUUGAGAGGAGGGCACGGGCUCUAAGGAGUUUGAGGCAGGAGAACCGCAUGAGGCGGAGGAAGGCACAAGUAGAGAUGAAUGCAAAUGGUAGAAGGCCUGAUCAGUGCUCAAUAACCAUUAAAAAGAACCAACUGAAGGGUGAUAAGAGUACCACUUGGCACAACAAGCGUGCCAUAAAUGAGAAGGAAUUCAAUUUAUUUAGUGAUGGUUUGAUAACAAUACUGCUUGAUCAGGUGUGCUGUGCCGUAGAUAUUGCGAGCUUUGUCAAAGCCUCAAACGAAUUGGAUGCUAGCGUUUUUGUCUUUUCGACGAUGGUGCUAAAUCUUAAAGAAUCCUGUGAUUACACAUUUACACUCUUCAGCACUCACUCUGAUGUCUGGGCUCUACCGCUCUAG